AUGAAGAAGAUAACAAGUAAAUUUCAUCUGGGAGCACUAACCAUAGUAAUUCAGUUGUCGGGUGAUUUUUUCAGGCGUAGCAUUACAACUUGAAAAAGCUGGCCCAACGUUUUAAAGUUUCAAUCCAUGUUCAUCCUUGCCACAGACCUGCCAACUCUCACGAUUCUACCGUGAGUCUCACGAUUUUUUAACGUUUCUUAUGGCCUUUCGACAGGCCUCCCGAUCCCACGGUUUUUGGUGGAAUAUCAUUUUGAAAUGAAAAUUUACCUUGCUGAAUAAAAAUGGAAAUUUAAUGGGGCCUGUUUAAGCCUUGAUGGCACUUUGUCUGACUAACACUUUGGCGAUGAAGUUGCUUAUCCGGAAUCGAACGACCCCUUGCUUUAAGUUUCGUCCCAGUUAUCCCCUCAUCCCUGUCCUUAAAGUCAUUAAAGAAAAAAAAACGCGGCAUCUUGUUACGAGAGUGACGAUAUUUAAAUAAACAGUUAAUUCACCCGCGGCCCAAUGGAAAAAAGUUUCGUUUAAUUUGGAACGGGAGAAAAUUGGAUCUCACUACUUUUUGUAGAAUCUCCAGAUUUUUUUUCUUGGGUCUCUAGAUUUUCCGUUAUCAUCGGUUGGCAAGUCUGUUGCCAUCCGUUGCAACAGACGGCAUAGGAAAUAAUUUCAAUAAAAUUAUAUUGCCUAAAUAUAGUUUUAAAUAACAAAACUGGUCCAUUAUGUUCGGAAUUCAAUUGACGCGGACAAAACUUUUAGCUUUAUAGAAAGAUAUUAACGGGGGGGGGGGGGGGUACUCCCUUAUACAAGCCAUAUAGGCCAUUUUGGUCUGGAAUUGGAUAUGGCUUUCGAGGAAACUACAGGAGUUUACGAACGUAUUUAUGAGUAAGAGUAAGAGAGAAAGAAAUACGCGAACUCGAAAUAAAUUUUAAGAAAUAUUUUAAUAUGUUGCUGCUCUUAUUCAUAUAAGUAAUGAUGACAUCAUUUCUUAGAGGCCAGGUCUGAAAACGGGCUGAAAAUGACAUUUUUUGGUCUGAGAAUGUCUGAAAUAGGGUCAGGAUUUGGAGAACCGGGCGGCACACCCCCACCAGAAAUUCCCGGGAAUACCCCCGGCCCCGGGGAUAAUAAAUAGGGUGAUGUAGCCCCUUUCAAGUCUCAGAUACUUCUAAUCUUGUUCUUACAUGGUGGUGAAAAUUCAAGACGUAUUUGUACUGGUAUGUUUAAUUUUUUGUAGGUGUGAGAGCUCUAAAGUUCCUACAGGAUCCUCCAUCAAUCCAGACAUCUUAUGUUGGUUGGACUAUUGACUUCAACUGCACAACAGAUGACCCAAAUGCCAGAGUGUCACUUCUACAGUCUAAAUAUCAUGGGUAUCCUUAUAGUGUUUUACAGGUCUCACCAAACAAACUUCUUUUGAGGAAACAGGUGUUCACCAUAGUAAAUCUUAUUCUUUCGGAUGGAGGAUACUAUAAAUGCAAGGCAACGGACCAGUCAGGUCAAACUAUUGAAUGGCCAAAAAAUUCUGCACUGUUGUCUGUACAAACAGGUCUGUGAGAAGGUUCUAAGUAAUGACACUCUAUCCACUGUAUAAUUAUAGGGUGAAAGGUAUUUUUUUUCAAUAACCAAACGAUCCCUUUUUGGAUUUGUUAUAUUUCAAUGCUUUUGAAGGUGUUACUCAUCACUGUUAAUCAAUAGUGAACACAAAACUUUGACACCCUUUCAAACCCCAUGGCACUUUCCGCUCCGGACUGUUCAGGAGAUGAAGAUGAUUUUUUUUAACCCAGAAGUUACUGUCAUGUAACUUCUCCUUACAAUGUCAGUACAUUGCUCAGCAGACAUGUGAUGAGAAUGUAUAAGCCAAAGGAGUUUAGUUUUCUUAUAACCCCAAAUUCUCAAUACCAAGGAAAUGUAUAGCAGCCAGAAAGGAGAAUUGUCAAUCUGAUCUUGGGAGUUAAAGAGUUAACAAUCAAGACCUUUUUUAAAUUUUAGAUCAUUUAUCUAUGACUUAUGCCAUUUCCUCUUUUUGUUUAAUUGAGCAGUAUUACUAUAAGGAGAAAUAAAUUGUUUCUUACUCAUAAGGUUUAAAGACCCCCUCCCCCCGCCCCACAACCCUGUAGAGCCAACAGGCUCCUAAUAAUGUGAGCACCAAACAUGAGCACCCGUUUUGAACCUGUAUCUUGAACGUUUCUGCAGGUAAAGAGCCAACGCUUGAGUUCAAACCAAACAAACAACCAAUCUAUGUGCUGCAAGGGCAGAGUGGAGAAGUCACAUGUGAAGCUGAAUACCCUUCAGUUUCUAAGCUAAAGUGGGAAAAGCAACAGAAUGAUAAAUCAUAUGCAGCCGUCCCCAACAGCCAAGUUAACAUCACUGAAGAUGCAAACUAUGUGAGAGCAACCCUAAAGAUUACAAAUGCCCAGUUCGCGGACACUGGUACAUACAAAUGCACAGUUCAAUAUCCACCAAAUAAAUCAGAUUAUAAGGUGACAACGAUAACCGUCCUGGGUAGGUUAGCUCUAUUGUAUUCCAUUGUAAGGUUACAAUUAAUCGCAUUUUACCUACAACACAGUCAGUGUUACAUCAACAGUACACCGUUCAUAUGACUACAGUGGAACCUGGUUAAUACGGACGUCAACAGUCAUGUCAUGGUGUCCGUAUUAUCCGAGUGUCUGUCAUGCGGACACAUGAUUUAGGAAUCAAAAUACGAUUCAUUUCAUAUAUUCCAAUUCGUGCCAUUUCCAUCACCGAGCAUAUUACAAACUCACAAUGGCCUGCUUUCCAGUUGGCUUGAUUAGCUUAAUGGAUAAAGCGUUGCGUCUAGUCCUAUUAAAGGUCAGGGUUCCAUCCUUGAUUCUCGGCCCGAAAAAAUCCAGGUUCUUUUUCAACCACUUUUAGGAUUUUAAUUCAAUUGUGAAUAUCAUGCAUACGAACAAGAAGUGAUUUUGAGAAGCAUUUCACUAUAAAAAAUUGCGAUAAAACAUUUCUUAAAAUCAUUUUAAGAUUAAAAAAAAAUGCUAAAAAGCGACGACGUUUCGACGUUAGCUGAACGUCAUUAACAAGUCAAAAUAAGUUAGUGAUUUUAACUUAACUUAACUUAUAACUUAUUUUGACUUGAUAAUGACGUUCAGCUAACGUCGAAAAGUCGUCGCUUUUUAGCAAUUUUUUUAAUCUUAAAAUGAUUUUAAGAAAUGUUUUAUCGCAAUUUUUUAUAGUGAAAUAUCAUGCAUGUUCACUUUUAUUAGGACGUGAUUGUGACAAGGAAAAUUGACGGUGCGCAGGUAACUAGAGUUGAACAAUGAGAGGUUCUCGCUUGUAUACACCAAAUUUCCGAAAAAAAAAAAGCUAAUAAUAACACCUUUUUUUACUUCCUUGCAAAUUAUCAAUUUUCUUCAAAAGUGCUUCGUUUUGUGUCGAUAACCGCCAAACAUCCAGAUUGUCCAGUUUUUACUGUAUUCCUAACCAUAAAAAUUUCAUCUCAAAAUAUAUCGAAAACGCUCUCAUAGAUAUCGCUUAAACUUCACGAACAACGAGGCAGCUAUUGGAGAAUAAAGCUCCCGCGAACGAUUUUGGAAGAAAAGUUCCCAGUGCCGAGUCAUUUCGUUGUUAAGACAACUCCGAUGUCAUGGUAACCCUGAUCAGAACAAAUUUGUAUCCUCAUUUAAUACAGCUGUGGUGGUAAUUUUUCCAGAUCUUUGUUAACGUCGAAGUUUAAGUUUAUGCUCAAAGUUAAGAGGUAAUGACCCUUAAAGGGACAGGUUCACGGUUCAGCGCAUGCUCAUUAAUUAAAUUACUUUUUUUCUAAUCUAUUAUUAAUUCUAUCGGUUAAUAAUCCCACUCACAUGUAUAUCAGCGAUCUCAGAGUGUUUUCAAAGUAGAAGUGUGUUUCACAGUAACCUAAAGUAGGAUGGAGGAGUACUAAAAUUGCGGAAAAAAUUAUUGGAUUAUGCCAACACUACCAACAUUGAAUUUAUUGUUGACCCGAAGGUUUUAUUCCGUGGUUGAUUGAUUUACAGCUACUUGCAAAUAUUUAAGUUGACCAAGUGCAAGUGACUGCGGCCAGGUGAGUGUGCAGAUUGGUUCUUUGACCACAUUAUGACGUGAUCAUAUUGCUUGCAUAGACGAUACAGCAUGUCCCGGCAGAAAAGCAGCAUUUUGAUUAAUGAGCAUGCGCUGAACCGUGAACCUGUCCCUUUAAAACCCAUAUCAAGCCACCUGAAUGCAGCUCUAUACACAGUGUGCGUUCUCACUUGAUACAUUUGUGAUCCCCCGCAUGAUUUUGAUGCACUAGAGAUAGCACGCUCACAACACGCUUUAACUUUAAAACCGAAAAUCAUUUGCUUUAACAAGAAUUAGCACACAAAAGCCAUCUUGCAAUUACCUCAACGGAGACGUAAUUGACCACAAAAUACUGUGAAACUUGAAUUAAGUGGACAGUAUCUGUGGGCUUCAGAGUUUUCCCUCUCAUUUUCUCUACAGCAAACAUGUAUUUAGCGGUAACAGACACCAGCGAAGGUACCGUGGGUGUCUCGGUUUUAGUGCAUGGCAGUUAUCAUAUUCUUCGGUUUGUUCUUUUCAUUUCUCGUAAAUAAUCAUCACUAAUACACCCUUUUCAUAUCGGGCCUUUUAUUCAGAAGGGGGAUGUUGCUGGUACGAAAAAUGUAUAAAUUUUCAAUGUUAAAUCUGUUUCAUUCUUGCAUGUAGCCCCUUUAGCACCUACGAUACUCUCUAAUACAAGACAAGUAACAAUACGUGAGGGAUCUACGAAAGCCAUUAAGUGUAAAGCAAGAGGGCAUCUUAAGCCAACGGUCAAGUGGUACAGAGAUGGUGAGAAACUGAAUGUCACGAACUGUCAUACAAACCCUCAGAGUUGUGAUAAAGUUAACUAUGAGGUUUAUGAAGAAGGAGAUGGUUCUUCUGGACUUCAUACUAUUGACGCAGUUCAAGUUCUCAAAAUAAGAAGUGCACUAUAUCCAAGAGAUGUUGGUGAUUUUAAAUGUGUUGCAUCAAAUGGAGUUUCACCAGAUGAUGAGUUAAUUGUCAGCUUGGAUGUUCAAGGUAUUUAAGCAGAGGAAUAACUUUGUAGCGAAGCCCGGCACUCGCGCUCUUGCGUAACCCCGUAACUAAGAUUAUUUGGUUAAUAUCUAGUAUCCUUUCAAUAAAUUUUGGUAGUCACGUUACCGCCCGUCCGUCCGUCUGUCUGCACCUUGGGGAAACCUAUGUGAAAUCUCACUCUUUCUAGCUUGUGUGGGAGCCUGGAACCGAUUUUGCACAUCCAUGUUGUGGUCAACUGACAGCUCACGGCAAAACAGGGUAUUCGCUGUCCGGUAUCAUAUGACCAUACUGUGAGCUCAGAUUUCGUCGACCCAUCGAGGCUACGUGUUUUUUUUCUCUUUUCCGCUGACAGGUUAAUGUUUUCAACUGAUCGCAGGCUCAAUUCUAAGUGGAUUUAUUUCCAAAGGUUACACAUUUAUUGUUUGCCAUAAGCCUUGGCCAGGAGCCUGCCUUGGCUUAAUCUAUAUUAUGAUUUUGUGAAACGAAUUUAUAUAAAUCCAUUCCAAAGUGACUUGAAGACGAAAACCAUAUAGAACCAAAAUGUCAGUAUACAACUCCUGUAAUCAGUUUAAACGCAUAGACAAUUUUGAUGCACAACACGUUCUGAGUACCUGUAACAGCUUUUCCAUCCUUUAUGGAUGACUUCCAGGUGAGAAGGUCUUUAAAAAAAAUCCUGAAAAAUUAUACAAGCACAGGAAUUUACAGUUAAAAUUCUAGAAACUUAUUUUCAGCAUGACUGUUUUAUUACAAGAUGCGUAAAAUGUCUGUAUCCUUGCGCUUAUGUUUAAACCCUGUAACAUUGUAUAUGGACCUUUCAUUUCUUUGCUAACCCUGCAAUGUAAUCGAUUUUAUUAUUUACGUACAGUUUCACCCACAAUUGAGAAUAGGGGAUCAGAAGUAUCCAUAGAAGAAGGCAAAGAAGCCACUAUAUCUUGUCGAGUGACCAAGAGCAACCCACUGCCAACAUUCACUUGGCAGUAUGCGGUCAUAACGUCCCUAAAGGAAGAUCGGUGGGAAACUGUUCCUGGUCGGCUGAUACUUACCAACAGCUCAACACCGUCAAAUGAAAGCAUUGUGAAAGUUGAAAAAGACCAACGAGAUGCAGAAUACCGUUGUGAAGCACGCAACUCCUUGGGAAGUGAUUUUUAUAUCUUUAGAUUGGCCAGACUUGGUAAGAAUAUCCCUCAGAAAGUAUUUACUUUUAUUGUCUAAUAGCUUGCAAGCAAGAUCCUCUCAGGGGGCGGAAGAGUCGUGAACUCUUUUUGUAUUUGAAGCCAAUCUAUAAAAAACUAUUAAAUUUAGUUUUAAGCUUAUUUAUGAACAUGUUAGCUGAAUAAAGUAACGCAAGACUUAAUUUGCAUUUUGAAAACAAAAAACUUUUCCUCCGGUUUCAUCGAUAAAUUCAAGUCAAACAGACAAAUAUUUAACUGUAAAAGGCUUCCAAAACGAAUUUUGUUACCUUACUCGUGUUUUUCGGGAACAGCUUGUUUCAUUUUUUGUGAAAUUUCUUUGUUUGCUACGACAGCAAACCGGCGAGCCAUUUUGCUUGUAACUUACCCGAGUUUGACGUCGCUCGCUCGGAAGAUCUGGAGGUGAAUCAGUGAGUAGCACUUGUUAGUAUUCACCAAAUCAGUGGAUAGCGAUCUUCGCGCGUUCUGAUUGGCUCCCGUACUCGGAUUAUCCUUGAAUAUUCACUGUUUUGGGACGGGAUUUAAAAUGGCUUUUCGUUUCGCGACAGUUUCGAAAUAUGAAAUCUUAGCAGUAAAUGAAUCAGCUGCUCCAACAAAUACCAAGAAAGAGACAAAAUUUGGUUUGUCGGCGUUUUCUGGUCUGUAGAAAAAAAAAUUUCCUCCUGAAUUUGCAACAAAAUCAUAAAAAAUCCCCGAAACUGUGUCAAUUGCAACGUAAAUAAACUCUAACUGAGUGACGUCUUUUAUUAAUUACAAAAAGUCCCUUUUUUAUCUUUAUCCAACUGAUUUGGUAAAUGCUAAAACAAUUAUCCCCCUCAGGGUCGGUUUAUAGAGCUAGAUAUAUACCUCGACGCUUUGCCUCUCGGUAUCUCCACUAUUCACCUCUCCUUCGGGCGAUAGUUGUAUAAUAUCCCGAAUUUGAGUAGCCAAUCAGAGCGCGCGGAAAACACUCUCCUAGCUCCCCACCUCAAAGAGGCAUUUUGCAGGAGAGACGUCUGCGCCUUUGAUAACGACAUAAAUUCUAUACUAAGAAGACGCAAAGUCUGUCCGGAAUCUGUCCAGGAGCUCUGCUUGAUUGACCUAGUAAUUAUUCGUGCAGGAUUUAUUUUCUUCUUUGGAACAAGUAUUUCAGUUUUGCUGCAACCGUUUGACACAAUAACUCUGGGUCAAGACCUUACCAUUAUAGACCGAGAAAAACAAACUCCAACAAAUUUACGUUUGGAAAUCAAUGAUUACUAGAUUAAUUAUGGAAACAUUGAUCUUUUGAUUCACCUAAAAUGUCUUGAAGCAGUCAUUAGAUCAGGAGUAACUCAAAGCCCUAUCCAUGCACAGCAUUCAUAGUAAUUAUUACAAUGAUUGACUCUUUUUAUUUGUUUUCAUCAACAGCAAAGAAACUCAUAAUUGACACUGUUAAAACUCUGACUGAGGUGAACGAAAAGUUUACCUUACACGUCUAUUGCAUCGUCACUGACCUGAGUUAUGGGUUGCUCGAUAUUGUUUUCUCAAAAGAUGGGGAAAAAAUCCAACUGAGUGAUCCGCGUGUCAAUGUCACAUUUGAACAGCUACUGACAAAUAAAAAGCAAUUCCAUCUCACAUUAAAAAAUGUGUCACGAAAUGAUACAGGACACUAUGGAUGCACGACCGCUAAGUCAUUUCCAACGCUUCUUAGCAGCAUAAAUAUUACAGUGAAAGGUGAGUGGGCUAUUUUAACAUUGAUUAGACAUCACUAGGAAAAACGUGUGGGGACUCCUGUUGUAAAUACUGUUUUUAUAGUGGUUAAAUCUUCUGCCAUUGGUUGGGUGCAAUUAGAGACCUUUAGAUUCUAAGACGAGUACGACUAGGAGUACGAGAUUUUUUCAGUACUUUUGUACUAAGUAGUACUCGCGCGUGAACCAACGUAAUUUUGGCGGGAAAACUUGGUAGCCGUCGUCACUCUACUACGAGUCUUAGCGAGAUUGUCGAUGUGGGGAAAACAAGUUAUCAAAUGUUAGAAGUUUUAUCAUUUUGCUAUCGGGAGAGGGCGUAACCUCCUUCACUAAAGGUAACAGUGCUAACUUGUCUCCUGAAAAAUAGUAAAAUGAAGCUUUCCGGGGAGUCUAUAUUUUGACAAUACGCGAAAAAACUUCAAGUCAAAUCUCGUACUCGUAGUCUUUCUCGUCCUUAAAUGUAAAGGUCUCUAAUAUUAUUCAUAACUCCUGCAGAAUUUACAGAAAGUCAAAUAAAGUGCCAAAAAGGUGUAUUAUGCAGCCAAUUAUUCGUUUCUGUACAGACUCGACUUUAUGGCUGUGAGAGGUAGCCUGAUCCUCCAUUAAGUUUCUCGAAGCAUGUCUGGGUUUUAGCUCCGCGGCGAUAUUCUACUGUACAUGUGACGUGAUACUAUCGUACCUUCAAUAGCCAGUGCUCCAGAACACCAGUUGUUGAACGGUGGUUUGUAUGACUUAAAACUCUUUGCUAUAGGUGGAAGCGCUCCAGAUAGUAUAGUGUGGCGGUGUCACUUCAUUAGUCAGUUAGCUUACAUGUUUCUUUCUGGGUCUGGACCAAGCUCCUAGACCAGCGGGACUACCAUCGGCAAAGUUGGUGUACUUCUCAGAGAUCAACGUAUCCAUUUGACAGUCUUGGUGGAUUAAGUGCAGUUUCAGGGCCCGGCUCCUGAAUGAGCUGAUUGGCGCCAAUCCAGAAAUUUGAAUAUCAUUCCGUUUUUGUAUUUUACCUUCCUAUUUAUUGCUUAAGAAGAGUUACAUUUCGUGUUAUCAUUACUGUUUCUGGGCGUAAAAGCUCAACAGUAUUUUGUUAGCUCGAGUAGAAUGUUCUUAGACAAGAAAACCUUGCUUGCAAAAAUUUGGCUUAACCCUAGGUUAAACUUAAUAAUCUUUCGAGGAAUCGGGCCCGGGUGUUCAAAAUUGCGGCAGAUUGAAUAGACUGCAAAACAGCCAGUUUUUUUCUCAAAAUCAGUAAAGAAAUCGCCCCAGUCUCGCUCUCUGUUUUCAGCCUCGUUCCAGAGCUUUUGUUUGACUGCUCGCGCGUACUUGAAUACGAAAAAAUACGGACUGUUUUGCAGUCUACAGAUUAAAGCAAGUUUANAAAUGAUACAGGACACUAUGGAUGCACGACCGCUAAGUCAUUUCCAACGCUUCUUAGCAGCAUAAAUAUUACAGUGAAAGGUGAGUGGGCUAUUUUAACAUUGAUUAGACAUCACUAGGAAAAACGUGUGGGGACUCCUGUUGUAAAUACUGUUUUUAUAGCGGCUAGAUCUUCUGCCAUUGGUUGGGUGCAAUUAGAGACCUUUAGAUUCUAGACGAGUACGACUAGGAGUACGAGAUUUUUUCAGUACUUUUGUACUAAGUAGUACUCGCGCGUGAACCAACGUAAUUUUGGCGGGAAAACUUGGUAGCCGUCGUCACUCUACUACGAGUCUUAGCGAGAUUGUCGAUGUGGGGAAAACAAGUUAUCAAAUAUUAGAAGUUUUAUCAUUUUGCUAUCGGGAGAGGGCGUAACCUCCUUCACUAAAGGUAACAGUGCUAACUUGUCUCCUGAAAAAUAGUAAAAUGAAGCUUUCCGGGGAGUCUAUAUUUUGACAAUACGCGAAAAAACUUCAAGUCAAAUCUCGUACUCGUAGCCUUUCUCGUCCUUAAAUGUAAAGGUCUCUAAUAUUAUUCAUAACUCCUGCAGAAUUUACAGAAAGUCAAAUAAAGUGCCAGAAAGGUGUAUUAUGCAGCCAAUUAUUCGUUUCUGUACAGACUCGACUUUAUGGCUGUGAGAGGUAGCCUGAUCCUCCAUUAAGUUUCUCGAAGCAUGUCUGGGUUUUAGCUCCGCGGCGAUAUUCUACUGUACAUGUGACGUGAUACUAUCGUACCUCCAUUAGCCAGUGCUCCAGAACACCAGUUGUUGAACGGUGGUUUGUAUGACUUAAAACUCUUUGCUACAGGUGGAAGCGCUCCAGAUAGUAUAGUGUGGCGGUGUCACUUCAUUAGUCGGUUAGCUUACAUGUUUCUUUCUGGGUCUGGACAUAGCACCUAGACCAGCGGGACUACCAUCGGCAAAAUUGGUGUACUUCUCAGAGAUCAACGUAUCCAUUUGACAGUCUUGGUGGAUUAAGUGCAGUUUCAGGGCCCGGUUCCUGAAUGAGCUGAUUGGCGCCAAUCCAGAUAUUUGAAUAUCAUUCCGUUUUUGUAUUUUACCUUCCUAUUUAUUGCUUAAGAAGAGUUUCAUUUCGUGUUAUCAUUACUGUUUCUGGGAGUAAAAGCUCAACAGUAUUUUGUUAGCUCGAGUAGAAUGUUCUUAGACAAGAAAACCUUGCUUGUAAAAAUUUGGCUUAACCCUAGGUUAAACUUAAUAAUCUUUCGAGGAAUCGGGCCCGGGUGUUCAAAAUUGCGGCAGAUUGAAUAGACUGCAAAACAGCCAGUUUUUUUCUCAAAAUCAGUAAAGAAAUCGCCCCAGUCUCGCUGUCUGUUUUCAGCCUCGUUCCAGAGCUUUUGUUUGACUGCUCGCGCGUACUUGAAUACGAAAAAAUAGGGGCUGUUUUGCAGUCUACAGAUUAAAGCAAGUUUAUUGCUUUCAAUAUUGUCUCAGCUUGUAUGAAGGUGUGACUUGAAUCAUCUAUAUUGGUUAUGAGGUGAUUUAUUUAGGUUUCUGGCAAACUGCCCACCUACCCCUCCCCUAAGCAAACAUUAGCGCUUACUUCUCACUGAGGGCAAAAUGAUAGCUUAGGGAAGGGGUAGGUGGGCAGCCUCCAGAAACCUAAAUUGAUCCAUCUUGUCAAAGUCCAUACAAACAGUCCAGACAGGUUUUUCACCAAGUUUUAGUGUUCAAUGUAAAAGUACGAAUUCAUGGCACUAUGGGCAGAAGCAUUGGAAAUACCGUAAAAUUCCGAAAAAAAGCCCCUCCAUGUAUAAGCCUGUCCAAAUAUAAGCCCCCCCCCGCCCCCCCAUCUCAUAACGCAAAAAACCCGCCGUUAAAUCGCCCCUCUAAAUAUAAGCCCCCUGGGGGCUCUUCUUAUAAUUGCCCUCAAUUACAAAGUAAAAAAAAUCAAAAACGAUAGAUUUUCUUUCCAACUAUAAGGCAACCCCAAUCGAUUUUGAAACCCAAAUUUCCCCCCGAAUAUAAGCCCCUCCAAAAAUGAGUCUCUCAAAAAGGGCCUCUGAAAAAUUUAAGCCCGGGGGCUUAUUUUCGGAAUGUUAUGGUACUUUCAAUGAAUAUCCUGAACGUGCUGCUUCCCUUAACUAUGCUGGGUGGAUGUGUGUGGUAUACUACAGGGAGUUCCAAUGUGGUCAGUCGGCUAGCCUUAACUGAUUAGAGUGAAUACUACUGGGGCUCACUGGGGCUGGCAAACAAUGAGCGCCCAUUCCAGAUCAAGCUGUUCAUACCUGUUACUUAUUUGUUGAUUCAUCUUUUGCCAACCUCGUUCCCAGGGCUUUUCAAUGGGAAAAGCCCUGGGAACGAGGUUGAUCUUUUGCCCCAUAAGAGCCCCUGCCAAGGAGUCGUAGGAGCUUGUGAUCAAGCUUUGGGGGUACGUAGGGGAUGGAGAGGAAAGGUUGCAACGGAGUCUCAGUAGGUGAAUUCUGCCUCCAGUGCUUUAAUUUCCACGCCCAUCCUCAAAGAGCCAUUUCCCCGGUCAGAAAUACAUUUAAAAUCGCUAUUUUAAUUUAAAAGAUUAUGUAUUUUUGCCUUCACAGCUCUAAAAGCACCAAAAAUUUUUGAUAUACCUGACGUGACAGUUGUUCAAAAAACACAAGGUGUUAACGCGGAGUUGCAUUGUGAUGUUACUGGUAACCCAAAACCCUCCAUCACGUGGUACUUCUCUAAGAAUGGAAAAAUAAAAGAAAUAAACAGGGAGAAAGAUGACCUGGACGGCGAUAAGGAUCUAAUGUUUUAAAUUUUUAUUUUCUUAUAUACAAUUAUUAUUAUAAUAGAAAUAGAUUUUUAAUAAAAAUCGCUCAGAGAGGCGGCACGGGAGAGUUGGAGAUGAGAGGGGGGAGGGGGAGGGGGGGGGGGGGGGGGGAGUCAAAGGUAUAUGUUGCGGCUCAAUUUUAUCCUUGGUUUAAUAAAUUUUAUAAUUUUUCUUUUUUGGGGAGGUAUGGUAAUAUAUGAUUAUGAGUUUGAAACAAAAAAAGGAUACAGUGAAACCUCUAUUGAGCGGACCCCCAAUCUAAGCUAAUUAAGUGGACACCCUCUAUUCAGCGGACACUUAGCCGGGCCCCGAAAUUAGCGUCUUAUAUUUCCCUUUAUAACGAACCCGUAUUCAGUGGACACCUCUAUCAAGCGGACGCGGACACUAAAAUAUAUUGUAUUUGGCUAAUUUCUAUCGUUAAUUACCUCUAUUAAGCGGACACCGGACCGAAUUCAUUGACAAUAGUAGUAUUAGAUUACGUCCUUGAAAUAUGUAAUAAAGAUAAAUCAUUACAUUUAGCUGUCAAUAAAAUGUAGAUUAGGCCUUAAGUCUUGCACAAAGUAUAACACAGCUUCCUUGCCUUCCUUAACAACAUGGAACUUUAUCACAGUACAGAGUAACCGUUGAAGGUUAAUCGUUAACAAACAUUUAUGCAAUUUUUACAAACCUCUAGUAAGCGGACACCCUCUAUUAAGCGGACACUUGGAAAGGUCCCAAAGGUGUCCGCUUAAUAGAGGUUUCACUGUAAUAAAAUUUAAAUCUUAAGGAUAAAAUUGAACCACAACAUAUACAUCAAUACAAAUAAUCAUCUUUGCAUAAACUGGUUUUGUAUAUAUACAGACUGUAACACCAGAUAGUCUGCUAUACCGCCGUUUUUAGAGUCGUCACGCAAUGCUCCUCCCCACGUUGCGUGACGACACUAAAAACGGCUGUGUAGCAGACUAUAACACUAGGCGGUUGGAUAAAAGUGAAAAAAAUAUUGUAAAUAAUUAUAAAAGUCGUCAAUUGGAAAGAGCUUUGUUUACAUUUUAUCUAAGAAUGUUUAUAUUUUAGUGCUAAUUCAGUAAGAGCCACUGACAAGCCAAGUUAAAGUUGGUAUUAAGGUUUCUUCAUUAUAGAGUCAUAAAAUUUGUUCUUUCUUAACUUUCGAUAAACAAGACACUAUUUUGACUCCCAUCAACAAAAAAAUAGCCACGGAUUAUUGCCAUCAAAACGUGCGAACACUGCUAUUCAAUGAAUUGGUAAAUAAUCAUUAUUAUUGCUGUUUGAAAUGCGACAGCAUGUUUGAAAUACUAAUCAUUUUCAGCAUCAUUCUGAUGAUUCGUCUUAUUUUGUCAGUGGCACCAGUCAUAAAUGAACCUGAGGUAGGCUACGCACAUCUUUCACUCAAGAUUGGUGAACCACUGAACAUAAGCUGUGUGGCGAUAGGGAAUCCUGCUCCCAGUGUCACGUGGUUAAAGAAUAGCACAGGAAAGGCAGUCUCACCAACUUCAACCAACUCCCAGCGAUUGAUCAUUAAAUCAAUGAAAGACAAGGAUUUUGGACUCUAUAGUUGCAUUGCCAGUAAUAAUCUGAGCCAUACGAUGGCUUCCGUUGACAUCAAGAAAAGUACGUUCAUUUCACAUUUUGGUGCAUACAUAGUUUGAUUGCAGAGGUGAAGUUUCUGUGAAAUAUGUUUCAUGAGCACCUGACUUUGCUAGCGGUUAUUUCCUUCACUUCUUUUGUUUAAAGAAAAUUUAAAAAAUUAGAGGGAAAUUGUUUUUUUCUUAUUUUCAUAAAAAAAGUUAUUGCCUUGUAGCCGUUGAUCGGUUUUUAAAAAGGGAUUUAGGAUUAAUUAACUGCCCACGUACCCCUCCCCUAAGCCAACAUUUUGCUUUAAGUGAGAAGUAAGUGUUAAUGUUAGCUGAGGGGAGGGGGUAGGUGGGCAGUUUCCCAGAAACCUAAAUUGAUCCUUAAUUUAAACCCUUUUUUCUCCAGGUGUGCCAACCGCCCUCUUCCCCUACCCCUCCCCCUCCCCGGCAAAAGCUUGGAUUUUUAACUUUAAUUCAGUUUUAUUAAACAGCAGUUCAAGGCCUCAUUCAAUUUUCAAUUUAGACUUAGUAGGUACAAACAAAUUGAAUUAAUCGAUGGCAUCAAUGCAAGCAAUUAAAUCAAUGAUUUUAAAAUAGGUAAUCGUUAAUUUUGUACUCACUAGUCUCAUAACUAAGACGAUAACUGCAACUUCCAGAAAGUAAUUAAAAGUAGUACCAUAUUGCCAAAUAGAUUCUUGUGCUAAAAAUAUCUUUAAUAAGGCACGCGACAAUUAGUGACUCCGAUCAUCAUUCAAAAAUAUUAAACUUAUACCCAGAAAGUCGAUCCUUAAGUUAUUUUGUGCUAUAUUGAAAGCUUAAGAAAUUAGACUAGCCCCCCGUCCCCGCUGUUUUUUGAGGAAUUAGAUAGAAGACCCAUGCCUUAAUUUUCUUGAGUUCCACUCAAAUAUCGAGGAGAGUGCGACAGCCGCCAUUGUUAUGGAAAAUUAGCCAGAUGGUUUAAAACAAUCGGUGAUGGGGAGAUAUCUUUUCAAUAAAUGAUAAAUUUAUCUUUUUUCCUCUUUUCCAGGGGAAUCAAUUCCUGUUCCUCCUGAUCGUGGACUAAGCACUGGUACGCUGGUGGGCAUUGCUAUUGGUGUGAGUGUAUUUGUUCUUAUCGUGCUAGUGGUGUGUUGUUGUCUUUACCAUCGGCAGAAGAAGCAGAUAGAUGAGUAUAAGCAGCUUUAUUUCCUGAAGACAUCAUCAGACUACAAGGUAUAUCGCAAUUUAUAAUCAAUUGUCCUUUCUCUCGGUAUAAUUAUACUUCUUUGUUUAAAAGUGUGUAACUAUUUCUGUUGCUUUUCUUUCUCCUCCACCACCACCCUCUCCAGGGGCGGAUCCAGGAUUUUUUUUAGGAGGGGGUGCACUCGUCUCUUGCUCUACUUCAACACCAAUAAACCACAUAGUUUUUUUUUUUUGCAGAAUUCUAGUUGUAUUAGAAAACCGCAGGUCAUCUCGGGGGGGGGGGGGGGGGGUGGCCUGGGGGGGGGGGGGGGGGGGGGUGCGCACCCCCUGCACCCUCCCCCUAGAUCCGCCCCUGCUCUCCGGCGGAAAAACAAUAGAAGUGUGGUGGUGGUGGCAAAGGAAAACAAUAGACAUGUGAUGAUGGUGGUGGAGGCUAAACAGUAAAAAUGUGAUGAUGGUGGUGUUGGUGGUGGUGAUGGAGGUGGUGGUUAAGGGAAACAUUAUAACUAGGCGGUGGUUGUAGAGGUGGAUAGAAAACGAUGGAUGUAAUGGCGGUGGUGGUGGUAUUUAGCUUCACUAUUCACAAUUGAUAUCAUUACAAAUAAACUGUGUUGGAACGAAUGCGGCUGUAGGUUCAAUGUGGAGUCGAUGUAAGGACGAUGUAGGGCCGAUUUGGGGUCGAUGAGGGGCGAUAUAGGUUCCAUAAUGUGUAGGUGGCGGAGAAGAGAAAACAAUAGAAAUGUGGUGGUGGCGGUAGUGGUGGUGGUGGUGGUGAUGGGAAAGUAAUGGAAAUGCGGAGAAGCAAGAAGGGAAUGAAAGAAAGAAGUAGAAAAAAGAGCAGGAUUUCCUUCUUUGUUGUUAAAUAUGCACAAUUUGCGCGCCAAGAAUCAGUGAACAGGAACUGGAACAAUUUGUUGGACAAUGAAAGCGGCAGGAAAAAGUACUUGAAUGUAUAAUUUAAAUUACUUUACAACUGAAUGACUUUAAAUUACUAGCGAGUUAGAGCUUAUUACUUCGACAACCUGAAUCAACCAAUGAAUACUUUUCUCGCAGUUUCAGCCAACCAAUUAAAAAGCAAGUCCUUCAUCGACUUAGAAAUAACUAUAAAACCUGUCCAACGGAUUAAACUACUUAAAUAUAGCACAUGAUCUUAUCUUAAUGAGAAUCUGCCACAUUUUGUUCAUGGGAGAAAGACAAAAGGCAAUGACGUCAUCGGCGUUAAUGUUUCCACCAUAAACUGAUGAGACUCUCCCCCAAAAAGGUUAAUUUUGGUGCCUACUAUGCUCCUUACUUACCUACCUAUCCACCUACCUAACAAGCUACCUAACCACCUACCUACCUAGCUUCCUAACUAUCUCUUUACCUACCAACCUAACUACCUGAUUUGACAAGUAUUUUUCCAGUAAAACGUGCUCCAGGAGAUUAAAAAACAGACAGCUCAGACUUAUACAAAAACAAUGUGCCUUGUUUUAGAUUGACCCAGAUCGCAGCCUGCUGGAACAGUGCAAUGACUUACCUUAUGACCCAGACUGGGAAUUUCCUGAAGAAAGACUCAUCCUUGGAAAUGUGCUUGGUGCAGGAGCUUUUGGACAAGUUGUUGAAGCAGAGGCCAUUGGUAUCUUGGCGCUAAAUCCGCGAGACAAGAGCGCAGAAUCUUUUAAGCGACGCUCAAAGAUCCGUCGGUCUUCAAUGGCAAAGGACCUGAAAAAGGGAGGUGGUGGCUCGGGAUGGAAGAAUGUUAAAGUCCCUGUUGCAGUUAAAACCUUGAAAGGUUUGCAGUUGAAUUGAAGAAAAAUAAUUUUAACCUUUUUAAUGUUUACACAACAUUGUUUGUAAUACGUUUUGUUUCUUGUUGUAGAGGAUGCCACACAGACAGAGUACAAAGAUUUGGCUUCAGAACUCAAGAUACUCAUUCAUCUUGGACAGCACAAGAACAUUAUCAAUCUUCUCGGAGCCUGUACAAAGGGAAAACGCCUAAUGGUGAUCAUGGAGUUUGCUCCACAUGGCAACUUGCUUAACUUUCUUAGAGCGAGAAGGGAUACAUAUGAAGCGAGUUGGACCAAGACCAUGAACGAGCCAGAGAAGGAGUUCACUUUAGUAGAUUUAGUGAUGAUAGGUUUCCAGGUUGGUCGUGGAAUGUCAUUCUUGGCGUCCAAAAAGGUAAGAGUAGUAAGGUUGUACAUAGUUGGGAUUUUUUCCUAACAGCGCCAGCUGUUCUUUUCUUGACUCCUAUCAUUGUUACUCCUUUUUUUCGACUGGUUUGUUUUCAAUGGUCUUUUUUAUGAAAAAGCUUGAUUCCCUUUUUGGUCUUCGGCCAGUCACGAGUUCGUUCUGUUGCCCCAACGUAACGGCAAAUUUACACGGUAUGAUAUACCUGAUUCAAUAAAGGGUGGUUUGGAAAUUGGGCAGCUGCGUGAUCAGAUAAAAACAAAACAAUUUUAAUGGAUAAAAAAUUACGUCACACUUCUAAUUUAGGUGUAGAAAUCAUGAAAAGAAACCGACAAGUAAAGCGGAAACUUGGUCACGUGGUACAAAGUCGCGUUUGCCGUUUGACAUAAACGUGAUGCUUAACCCCUCUAUUGCAGUGAGUUCCGUAUUCCCAAUUCUCAGUGUCCCAUUGCCAAAGCAGCCUUUGUUGCUAGAGAUUAAGUAAAUAUCGGGCUGAUCUUUCUGUCGAUAGCAAAAGGCCACGAUAAACAUUUCCGUCAAGUCAGGCUGAUUUGUAAAAUCUGUCUCAGCGCAAAAAUCAUUCUGCUCGAAACUCCAUGUGUGCAACCUGUCACACCUGAACACAACGCGUAAAUGAGACAAGCUACCUAAGAUAUCCAAAUUUUUCCAUUCAAAGCACUAUAGCUGGAACGUCUUACAGAGGGCCACCUCUCGAAAGCGACUUCUACCAGUUUCGAGGAUUAUGGUUUAAAGUUUUUAAUUGUUUUUAACCUCCAAGUAACGGCGUUGUACAGUCGUGUUCUGAGACUCCGCCCAAUCUUACUAAGACAGCGAGUUUUGUUCUUUCGUUACGGAGUCUUAUUUCUAACCCCCGUCGAUAGCUUAAUGUUAAUACGCACUAUUUCAACAGACAAAAUAUGGCAUUUCACGUAUUGUGGGUUGUACUUUUCUCUUCAGUGCGUUCAUCGUGACCUGGCUGCAAGAAACAUUUUAGUGGGGGAUGAUUAUGUUAUGAAGAUAGCUGACUUUGGCCUGGCAAGAGACAUUUAUAAAGAUGAUCAGUAUGUCAAGAAUACGCAAGGGUUGCUUCCCGUAAAGUGGAUGGCUCCCGAGUCGCUGUUUGACAGAGUUUACACUGAGAAAACAGACGUGUAAGUACACAAGGUUUCCUUAAUCUCUUCACACACAUUAACCCUUUGACGGCCGCUUUGGUCAUUGGGAUCUUUAGAGAAAGGUGCACAUGUACCUGAUCCCGGCUUCCACAGGUACAAUUUAUUUUGAAAUUUUUACCAAUCUUGAUAGAGUUACACAAACCCCAACAACGUUUUAGUGAAAAAUCCACCUCCAAUUUUGCCAUUCACCUACUACUUUUUGCAGAUUAAAUUUGUCCCUUUCCUGGAAAGUUAGCGAGAAAAAAUUCCACGCGAACGAAAGGCGCUAAGGGGGUGGGCAACAAAACUGGCUAUAAAAAGGAAAGGCAAAGAAAAAAGCGACCAAACAAAAGAAAAGAAAAACAAAGAAAAGAUCCGUAACCAAGUCGAAAUUUUGUCUUAUGUGCAUGCUCAAGAAAAGUUUUAAUUAAAAACUUGCCUAUAUCCAAUGCCACAAUUAAGAAAGUGACCAGAAAAAGGUUUAUAAUAGCCGUGGAAUGAUUUUUUGGAAACAGACCAAAAUUGAAUAAAAUAUACUUCUUUUUCUUUAGCGUGCAGUAACUUGAAUUCCCUAAAUUCCUGUCACAGGGUAGGACGUAAUGACUUCUAAUAUUUAUCUUAUUUUGACAGAACUCUUCAGAGAUGUCUACCGAUCCAGCUUGAUAUAAAAUGAAUCUCCUCAGAUUAUCCCCCCAAAAAUCACAUUUUGGCAAUUUUAAAAAAAAUGUUUACCAAAGCCUUUGUCUCGUACAUAACUAUUUUUGGCUGAAAAGACAUUUAUUGAUCAUGAUCAUGGUUAUUCUUAUCAAAAGGUGGUCAUUUGGAAUCCUCCUAUGGGAAACGUUUACCCUUGGGGGUACCCCUUACCCUGGCCUCCCCACAGAGCAGCUUCUGGACUAUUUGAGUGAUGGCAAGAGAAUGGACAUGCCAACCAAGUGCCCUCUGGAAGUUUACACCAUCAUGNAAAGUCUUUGUCUCGUACAUAACUAUUUUUGGCUGAAAAGACAUUUAUUGAUCAUAAUCAUGGUUAUUCUUAUCAAAAGGUGGUCAUUUGGAAUCCUCUUAUGGGAAACGUUUACCCUUGGGGGUACCCCUUACCCUGGCCUCCCCACAGAGCAGCUUCUGGACUAUUUGAGUGAUGGCAAGAGAAUGGACAUGCCAACCAAGUGCCCUCUGGAAGUUUACACCAUCAUGAGAGAUUGCUGGAUUCAUGAACCCGAACAAAGACCCCAUUUUAUAACCUUGACAGAGAGAAUUGCCAAAAUAUUGGAGAAGCAUACGACAACGGUAUUGAAUUAUUGAUACGCUGUUAGACCGAUCUAGAUAGCCGGUUGGCUUGCCAACUGACGGAAUGGCUUACUCACCUGAUCACCUGACUACCUAACUGACUGAGGGCUGACAGACCGACCAACUUACUUACUGACUUUUAAUGACUGUCUGGCUGAAUUCAUAGGUUGACUGACCAACUAUUGACUUACCGACUGGGUGUCUCACUACAUGGCAAAAUCAGUAUUCGAUUAUGUGCAAAGCAAAAACCUUCCCUUGGCCCUUCCCACGUUAUUAUGAUAGUGUUGUGAAUUGAGAUCUUGAAACAGCAUCUUUCAACUGCACUAUCAGCUGUUUAUACGACAGCAACAAAAGCACUUUUUCUUUGUCACCGUCCAUCCGCCUGACCUCUUGCAACGACUGAUGGACUUUGCGCCGGGAAAAGGAAGUUCCUCUGCUGAAGUUUUAUUUAUCUGUUUCACAGGAUAACCCCUAUUUAGCACUGCAAAUGGACGAGGAGGUUCAACCUAGCACUGGUUACUAUCUUCAACCAGUUGAUAAUGCAGGCGUUCGCGAAUUCAAACGAUACGUGAAAUCACCAGUGCAGUCCCCCACAAGUGACACAGAACCCCCACAGUUUGGAGACUUGGAAGGAGGUCAAUACAGGUGUGUUUUCUAUGAUAUUUUUAAUUCUCGUACAUGUAGCUAACUACACAGUUCUGAUAUCUCGCGAGAUCAUAAUCUCUUUUUAAUGGAUACUUCUGGUAGUCUUUUACUUAAUUUGAUUACAAUGUACCAGAAUUCAGUUUGUUAUAGCUUUCUAAUUGAAAGAAAAAAAAUAGUAUGGUGAAACUUGUUUUACAUUACUCAAGCUAGUCUGUGUAUCAUCAAAACUGAAGAGUAGCGAAAUGACUUUUCUGAAACAAAUGAUACCCUUUAUACAUAGUCUAAUCUCAUUAUUCUUUGUUGCUAUUUUCAGGUAUGAUUCCCCAUUGCCCACUUUGCCACCAGGCCUGCCCGCCUCGAGCGACGAUGAAAUUCCUACGGAACCGCUCCCUCAAAUCCCCCCUCCCUUCGAAACCGACGUCAUGGAUGAAAGGAGGUUUCUUGAAAGGGAAAACAGCGCAGGAUGGGAGAGUGGUAUUGACAUGGACCCAACGGAUGAUGGUUAUGUUGAUGAUAUUCAAGCUGCUACCCCAUUUCUGCCCCGUAAGGGUUAUACACUGGUCGGCAUAGACAUGGAGAAGGUUUCUGAACCAAAUAUGUUGUCUAAAGGCAACAGACAAAAGGCCGAGACAUCAGUUUGAGUUUUGGAAGUCCGAUAGUCCCAAUGUUGCCGGCGAAGCUUUCACUGCCAAGGUGCUCAAAUAUGCAAGGACGGCUGUGGGGAACGACGCUACAUUCUUCAUUCGGUCAGGAUAAACGAAAUUACUUUUAAAAGUGGUAACCAAUAAAUCAGUAAAAGAGUGUGCAUUGACCGACACAAAACGCAACGAUAGUUGGCUUGAUUAUUAGGGACAUAGUUCUCUAUAUUUCGCGGAGAAAUAAUAAUAAUAAUAUUUAAUAUUUAUAUAGCGCAAAUUAACAUACAGGAGGAUAUGAUCAAAUGCGCUUUACAUAUUAAAAUGGAAUCCAAAAUUACUAUGUGACCUAUUGACAAUUUUGAAUUUACAAUAAAAUGCGAAGAUGUAUACUAUAUGAAAGACUAAAAAGAAAUUAAAGGCCUCUCUAAAAUAGUGAGUUUUUUUUUGACUUAAAGGCGUUAAAAUUUUGCUGUGACUGUAAUGAUUGCGGAAGACUAUUCCAAAUCUUCUGGGUAACAUCGAUACCGUGUAGCUCAUUGCGAAUAUUAAGGAUCUUACGAUGGAAUAGCGGGCAAUGUCAUUUGCCAGAGCCACAUUAUCAUGACAAUUGGGGAAACAGAUUUCAUCCUUUGGCAUAAGGAGUGCCUUUGUUGCCCUGAAGAGUUUUUGCUGAUCACCACCUUGUUCCUUUACAAAGCCCGCGNGUCGGCAUAGACAUGGAGAAGGUUUCUGAACCAAAUAUGUUGUCUAAAGGCAACAGACAAAAGGCCGAGACAUCAGUUUGAGUUUUGGAAGUCCGAUAGUCCCAAUGUUGCCGGCGAAGCUUUCACUGCCAAGGUGCUCAAAUAUGCAAGGACGACUGUGGGGAACGACGCUACAUUCUUCAUUCGGUCAGGAUAAACGAAAUUACUUUUAAAAGUGGUAACCAAUAAAUCAGUAAAAGAGUGUGCAUUGACCGACACAAAACGCAACGAUAGUUGGCUUGAUUAUUAGGGACAUAGUUCUCUAUAUUUCGCGGAGAAAUAAUAAUAAUAAUAAUAAUAUUUAAUAUUUAUAUAGCGCAAAUUAACAUACAGGAG